AUGCAGAAAGCAACUAAUGCUUCAGUCAAUGCCACUUCUAACAAAAGCCUUUCUGUGAUCAUCGAGGUGUGUGUGGUUGUACUCUUGUUUUGUAUCUUCUUUUUCUGCAUUGUUGUUAUGCUGCACAUCUUUGCAUCUCACAGACAGUUCCUAGACACCUCCCGUUACAUCCUGUUUGCCUCCAUGCUCAUCAGUGAUACUUUACAUGUCAUGUUCUCUGUGCUUCUCUUCCACUUGACCAUGGCUCAGGUUAAAGUUGCUCUUUGUCUAUGUUUUCCUCUGAUGUUCAUAUCUACUGCCACUUUCCGGAACACUCCCUUCAUCCUGGCUACCAUGUCACUGGAGCGUUACGUGGCCAUCUUCUAUCCUCUGCAGUGUCCAGCCGCCUGGUGCUCAGAUCGGAUCUGGAUCAUUAUUCUGGUCUUGUGGCUCCUCAGCUGUAUGUUUCCUAUCAUUGAGUACUCUAUAGGGCAACGUUACCCUGAUGUGAAUAUUCUUUUUGCACUUGUACUCUGCAGACCAGCUACUGUCAACACAUCUCCAAUUCAGGCUUUGUUCAGAACUGCUGUAAAUGUGCUCUGCUUUUCAGUAGUAGCCGUCAUCAUUAUCUUGACAUAUGUCAGAAUCCUCCUGGAAACUCGGAAGAUGAGACAGGACAAAGUGUCUGUGAGUAAAGCUACACACACUGUGCUGCUACAUGGCUUUCAGCUGUUGCUGUGCAUGUUGGCCUUUACUAUGCCUAUCACUGAAACGCUUAUAGUGCUUCGUGCAGGCUGGUCAGCAGAUGAAAUUGCAUUUUUUAAUUACGUUUGUUUUACCCUAAUCCCACGUUUUCUUAGUCCACUCAUCUAUGGCUUUAGAGACCAGACUCUCAGGAGCUACAUAGGUAAAAUAUUUUUGUGCUGCUCCAGCAAAGCUGAAUCCAGUGUCAGAGAUCACAUAAAAGACAACUUGUGUCCUUCCUGACUGAACAUUUAAACAAAUGCACAAAUGGGAUAUAAUGUUCUUGUGGAGGACCAGGAAGUCCUAAAUAUUAUUUUCACAAAUAUUCAUGAACACUGCAACACAACAUGUUCCAUAAUAUCUCACAAUAUCUUACAAUUUUUUAUUUGAGUGGGGACAUGCAUCAUAUUUGGACAAGGUUGUGCAGUCACACUGGGUAAAUUGUUUUGGGAAUAUAGAGCUUAAUGUCUGUCAUAAUGUGAGCACUUACAUGAAAACUAAAUUUAAACUAGACCUUCAGAAGAGAAAACUGCUAAUGAGAAAACCUGUAAAUGUUAUUACGUGCGCUUCCAAGUUAAAAACUACGACU